AUGGCGCGCUGCGAUGAUCGAAACAUUUCGGAUGCAUUCGAGACACUUCCCACUACUCUCCUGAGCGGGUCAGAUGAGCCAUCGGCCCUGGACCUCGAAGACGAUAGCAUUGUACAGCCCACUGUUCAUCUGCACGGCGGCAAAUGGCACAUGCAGACCGACGACUUCGCUACGACAUCUCAGAUGGGCCAUGUGGACGCUCACGGGCAGCCCCGUACUCGCGGCCCUACAACCAUCGUCUGGUACUGCUCUGAGUAUUCGCCAGCAAGACAUCGACGCCUCACAAUAUCGCUGUUCUGUACGCCCUUCAGCCACCGCAACACCCCGCCAACAGCCCCACCACAGUCUUCUCCAACCCGUCGAAUCUGCAUUUUCCUACUUGUUUAG